AUGUCUCCCGAAAUCACCGAUCAAUUGGUCAGACUGCUGACCCGAGAUGACGAUGCAGACGCUGCCCCCGUUGUCUGCGACUCUGGCAACGAGUACGAUGGUCGAAUGGGCGCCCGAAUCUCAUCCAUCUUUGUCAUUCUCAUCUGCGGAACGUUUGGAGCUCUCUUCCCUGUUCUUUGUUCCAAGUACUCGCAAAUCAAGGUCCCUCCCGUCUUCUUUUUCUGCGCGAAGUACUUCGGUUCUGGUGUCAUCAUUGCUACCUCUCUGCUCCAUCUUCUACAACCUGCCAACGAAGCUCUUUCCCAAGAGUGUCUUGGUCACUGGAAUGACUACCCCUAUGCCUUUGGUAUCUGUCUCUUCAUGGUCUUCUUCAUGUUUGCUGUGGAGCUGGUCUGCUUCAACAUGUUUGGACACCAGGGCCACAGCCACGGACCCGUAGGACUGGCUUCCUCUAAGGACGUGGAGAUUUCAGGUGUUCACGAGCAUACCCACGAGGGUCACUCUCACGACGACCACUCUUCCGAUGAUAUCGUCAAGGAGAACGAAAAGCCCAGAGAGCACUCUUCCGUUCCUGUCUCUAUGCCCAAUCCCAUUGCUAACCAUGACCCCCUGACACCCAAAGACCACUACGGACACUGCGAAGAGCAUACUGACCCCAACGACGUUGAUUUGGAGAACGACAUGGGUUUGGAGACCUACUCUGCCCAGCUCGUUUCCAUUUUUGUGCUCGAAUUUGGUAUCAUUUUCCACUCUGUCUUCAUUGGUCUGACUCUUGCUGUCUCCGGAGACGAGUUCAAGGACCUGUACAUUGUGCUUGUCUUCCACCAGAUGUUUGAGGGUUUCGGUCUGGGAACUCGACUGGCCACUGCCCCUUGGCCCAAGAAAAAGGUGUGGACUCCUUGGAUCCUUGGUCUGGCAUUUGGCCUCACCACCCCCAUUGCGAUUGCCAUUGGUCUCGGUGUGCGAAAGACCUACCCUCCUGGAGGAAAGACAGCCUCUAUCACCAACGGUAUCUUUGACUCCGUGUCUUCCGGUAUCCUGCUGUAUACCGGUCUCGUUGAGCUCAUGGCCCACGAGUUUUUGUUCUCGUCCGAGUUCAAGCACGCCAACAACUGGCGAAUCUUCUGGGCCUUUGCCUGGAUGUGUGCCGGAGCCGGACUCAUGGCCCUGCUGGCCAAGUGGGCUUAA